CUUUACAACUACAAACGAGUGAGAUCGAGUAAAAUGUCAUAAAAUGGAGAAGACAACAUUAAAGCAAAGGAAGAUGGAAAGGAAAGGCAGCAGCAUGGCCAGCGUUCUGUCCCGGCGCCUUGGCAAGAGGUCCCUCCUGGGCGCCCGGGUGUUGGGGCCACCCGGGGCUGCCCCACCCUUGGAGCCUCAGGCAGAGCUGCUUGAGGGGGCAGCUCCCCAGCCCUUCCUUGCCUCUAAGGACACGUCCUGCCAGGAGCAGCCCAAGGAACUCCUCAAGGCUCCAGGCACCUCAGGCCUCCAGCAGGUGGCCUUUCAGCCCGGGCAGAAGGUUUGUGUGUGGUUUGGGGGUCAAGAGUGUACAGGACUGGUGGAGCGGCAUAGUUGGGCAGAGGAUAAGGUGACUGUCUGGCUGUUGGACCAGAAGCUACAAAUCUGCUGCAAAGCGGAGGAGGUGUGGCCGGCUGAGCUGCAGAGCCCCAUCCCCCAGGCGCCACCUCCCGAGCAGGGAACCCAGGCACCAGCCUACAGGCCUGUCUCCAGGAACAUUGAUGUCCCAAAGAGGAAGUCGGAUGCAGUGGAGAUGGACGAGAUGAUGGCAGCCAUGGUGCUGACGUCCCUGUCCUGCAGCCCUGUGGUGCAGAGUCCUCCUGGGGUUGAGACCAACUUCUCUGCUUCCCGCGCGGCCUGUGACCCGUGGAAGGAGAGCGGCGACGUGUCGGACAGUGGCAGUAGCACCACCAGCGGGCACUGGAGUGGGAGCAGCGGCGUCUCCACCCCCUCGCCCCCCCACCCCCAGGCCAGCCCCAAGUAUUUGGGGGAUGCCUUUGGCUCUCCCCAAACUGAUAACGGAUUUGAGACCGACCCGGACGCUUUCCUGUUGGAUGAACCAGCUCCCCGCAAAAGAAAGAACUCGGUGAAGGUGAUGUACAAGUGCCUGUGGCCCAACUGUGGCAAAGUCCUGCGCUCCAUCGUGGGCAUCAAGCGCCACGUCAAAGCCCUCCACCUGGGGGACACCGUGGACUCCGACCAGUUCAAGCGGGAGGAGGAUUUCUACUACACAGAGGUGCAGAUGAAGGAGGAAGCUACUGCCGCUGGUGGCUCCACCGUCGACCCGGCUCCCGCCCCCAGCGUGGCCAGCCCGCCCCUUGCCGUUCUCCCUCCGCCUCCUCCCAAAGCCCAGUCCUCAGGCCCAGAUCACCCUGGCCUGGAGUCCUACCUGCCCUCUGGUGCUCUCAGCAAGUCAGCUCCUGGCUCCUUCUGGCACAUUCAGGCCGACCAUGCAUACCAGGCCCUGCCGUCCUUCCAGAUCCCCGUCUCACCGCACAUCUACACCAGUAUUAGCUGGGCCACUGCCCCCUCUACAGCCUCCUCCCUCUCUCCGGUCCGGAGCCGGUCGCUCAGCUUCAGCGAGCCCCAGCAGCCUCCACCCGCCAUGAAAUCUCACCUGAUUGUCACUUCUUCAGCCCGGGCCCAGAGCAGCACCAGGAAAGCCCGCGGGGAGGCUAAGAAGUGCCGCAAGGUGUACGGCAUCGAGCACCGGGACCAGUGGUGCACAGCCUGCCGCUGGAAGAAGGCCUGCCAGCGCUUCCUGGACUGAGCUGUCCCGCAGCCCUGCCCGACGGCCAGAGGACAAAGGCAGACGCCUCCUAAGCCCUCAGCAGAAACCUAAAAGCUAAAGCGUGGACGUUGGGAGUUUGGGCUCUAUUGGCUAAGGUUUAAUACUUAAAACGUUUUUCCCUCCCUCACGGGAACGUUUUAUUUAAAAGAAAAGAAAAGAAAGAAAGAAACCACGAAAAUAUUUUUUUCCCCCUAAAAUAGAAGAGAGCCAAAGCUGACCAAGGGUAUAUUCUGCAGCGAACCAGAGACCAAAGAACUGAUUCCGCUCCCCUCCCCCCGCCCGCCUCCCUAGGGGAUUAGUUUGUACGUAAAGAAAGAAGGAACAGCUCAUUCUGUUU